UCUCGCGUUGCUACUGCUGAGUGCGCGGAGUGACCAGGUCUGCUCGACGCAGCCAUGGCCGGCGCCACGAAGCUGCAGCUGCAGGAGAGGGUCCCGCUCCCCCGCACGGCGUGGAAGCUGGCCGACCUCACCGUGCUCUCCCUGCUCCUCGCCCUCCUCGCCCGCCGUGCGGCCUCGGUGCUGGCGGUGGCCAGCGGCGGCGGCGGCGCGGCGCCGCCGUCGUGCACGUGGUGCUGGCUCGCCGCGCUCGUCUGCGAGGCGUGGUUCACCGUCGUGUGGCUCCUCAACGUGAACUGCAAGUGGAACCCCGUCCGGUUCGACACCCACCCCGAACGCCUCGCCGGAAGGACCGAGGAGGAGCUGCCGGCGGUCGACAUGUUCGUGACGACGGCAGACCCGAGGCUGGAGCCGCCGGCGGUGACGGUGAACACGGUCCUGUCGCUGCUCGCGCUGGACUACCCGGCGGGCAAGCUGGCGUGCUACGUCUCCGACGACGGGUGCUCCCCGGUGACGUGCUUCGCUCUGCGCGAGGCCGCCGAGUUCGCCAGGCUCUGGGUGCCGUUCUGCAGGAAGCACGGCGUCGGCGUCAGGGCCCCCUUCGUCUACUUCUCCUCCUCCUCCUCCGGCGGCCCACCAGAGCGCGGCGGCGGCGGCGCGGCCGACGACAAGUUCCAGCGCGACUGGACGGCCAUGAAGAGCGAGUACGAGAAGCUGGCCAGCCGGAUCGAGAACGCCGACGAGGAAUCUCUACUCCGGCGAGGCGACGGCGAGUUCGCCGAGUUCGUGGGUGCUGACCGCAGGGACCAUCCGACUAUAAUCAAGGUCCUGUGGGACAACGGCAAGGCAGGGGACGGCCACGGAAUACCAAGCCUCAUCUACAUCUCCCGGGAGAAGGGCCCCAGGCACCCCCACCACUUCAAGGCCGGGGCCAUGAACGUCCUGACGAGGGUGUCCGCCGUGGUGACCAACGCGCCCAUCAUGCUGAACAUGGACUGCGACAUGUUCGCCAACAACCCGCAGGUUGCCCUCCACGCUAUGUGCCUCCUCCUCGGCUUCGACGACGAGCUCCAAAGCGGCUUCGUGCAGGCGCCGCAGAAGUUCUACGGCACCCUCAAGGACGACCCCUUCGGCAACCAGAUGGAGGUUCUCUUUGAGAAGAUUGGAUUCGGGAUCGCUGGGCUUCAGGGUAUGUUUUACGGUGGGACGGGUUGCUUUCACCGCAGGAAAGUCAUCUACGGCGUGCCACCGGAGUCCACCGCGGAUGUCCAACCAACAAGGAUGAGAGGCUCACCAUCUUACAAGGAGCUGCAGAAGAUGUUCGGCAGCUCAAGAGAACUGAUCGAAUCGGCGAGGAGCGCCAUUUCCGGAGAGUUAUUCGCCGCAGCGCCGAUGGUUGACCUAGCGAGCCGCAUCGAUGUGGCGAAAGAAGUUUCUGCCUGCAGCUACGAGGCUGGCACAUGUUGGGGCCAGGAGGUUGGCUGGGUCUACGGGUCGAUGACGGAGGACAUCCUGACGGGGCAGAGGAUCCACGCUGCCGGCUGGAGAUCGGCGUUCCUGACCACCGAUCCACCAGCGUUCCUCGGCGGCGCACCGACCGGAGGACCGGCCAGCCUUACGCAGUACAAGAGAUGGGCGACGGGCCUGCUGGAGAUCAUCCUCAGCCGGAACAACCCGAUCCUUGCCUGUACCUCCAAGCAUCUCGAGUUCCGGCAAUGCCUCGCUUACCUAGUCUUCUACGUGUGGCCGGUCAGGGCGCCUUUCGAGCUAUGCUACGCACUGCUGGGACCUUACUGCCUCCUCGCAAACAAAUCCUUCUUGCCGAAGGCAUCAGAGCCAUGGUUCGUCAUCCCAUUGGCCCUGUUCCUGACCCAGAACGUGCACAGCGUCGCGGAGUACAUGGAGUGCCGGCAGUCGGCGCGCGCCUGGUGGAACAACCACAGGAUGCAGCGGAUCGUGUCGUCCUCCGCCUGGCUGCUCGCGUUCCUCACCGUGGUGCUCAAGACCAUGGGCCUCUCCGAGACGGUGUUCGAGGUCACCCGCAAGGAGCAGGGCGGCGCGGCCGACGGCGGUGACGCCGCCGGCGCCGACCCGGGGAGGUUCACCUUCGACUCGUCGCCGGUGUUCGUCCCGCCGACGGCGCUCACGAUCCUGACCCUCGUCGCGAUCGCCGUCGGGGCGUGGAGGGUGGUCGCCGGCGCCGCGGCCGCGGGAGGCGUGCCGCCAGCCGGUGGUGGCCCCGGCGUAGGGGAGUUCGUGUGCUGCGGCUGGCUGGCACUCUGCUUCUGGCCGUUCGUGCGGGGGCUCGCCGGCAAGGGGAGCUACGGCAUCCCCUGGAGCGUCAAGAUCAAGGCUGUUCUGCUCGUUGCCGCGUUCGUGCACUUCUGCACGAGGAACUAAUUUCCGCGGCGUCAAAACAAUGCAGAAACUAGUGCCAUCAUUUGGGAUCCAUGUCUGCAUUUCCAUCUAUCUAUUAAGCACAACAACAAGUUUCACCUGCUCUGCUGCUCAGAUUGUACGUUUGCAGUUUGUACAUAUAAUUCUUGCAGAAGAAUCUGAGUUCGGAUACUCCUGAGUAAUAAACAGAGAUUAGUUACUUUAUGGGUAA